ACCUAUAAUUAUGUAAAAAUUUAAGCUUAGCUUAGCUUUAAAAAUAGAGACCGAUGCACUGCUUCUAAUCUCAAAUGGAACCGAGUUCCAGAGGUAAGGCGCGCACACUGAAAAAGCCCUCAGGCCAGUCAAUUUGAGCUUGUGUGUUGGUUGCUCCAGUAGAAGUUGGUCAGCAGACCUGAGAGCUCGCCUAGGAACAUAAGGGCUGAUGAACUCAUUCAAGUACGUUGGAGCCACACCAUGGAGAGCCUUGAAGGUGUACAGUAAAAUCUUAAAAAAAUAAUACGCCACACCAUGAAGAGCCUUGAAGGUGUACAGUAAAAUCUUAAAAAUAAUACGCUGACGGACGGGGAGCCAGUGUAGCUCAGUAAGUAGUGGUGUGACAUAAUCAAGUUUUUGCUAGUAAGUGAUCACCUUUGCCGCUGCGUUCAUAACAUAUUGUAGUCUCUGAAUAACUGAAAUGAAUGACAUGAUCAUGAAAACCAGCAGGCAAUGAUAACAUGCGAGAGACUUAGUCAAUGAUAAUCUACAUUAGGAAUGGUUGAGAAGUUAAUACAUCAGCCUGACUAGGGAUUUCAUCUACUUUUUUUGUUUUCAACUUGAGCCUGGGCAGCCAGCUUAUCGUAAUUUAUCCUUCGAUUUUGAUUGGCUUAACUAGCCGAUUUCACCUGGUGUUUGUAGUUAGACAGGCAACAGAUAAAGCUUGUUAACCAAUCGAAUUCCAGCUUUUUUUACAUAUACAAAUACUUCUCCAAGUUUAUAAUCUUAGCAUUCAUUGAAUGCAAAUGCAAACAUAUUGAAUGUGCGUCAUAAAAGAAACGCUCAUUUCCCUUCCUCAGUUCCAAACUGCGAACUCUCAUGGUAAAGUGGCGAGGGAAUCUCCAACCCGUAAGUCUGGAUUUUAAGUACUAAGAGGUUACAAGUUUAUAAGCUGGCAGCGGUCUUCAGUGCAUUCUAUCGCAGCAACAAAAAAAACAGGAACUAAAGAUGAAAACAGAAAUCGAGUGGAUCAUCGCAGUUCUUUACGCCAUCACGAUGCUCGUGGCGUUUACAGGAAAUGGCUUUCUCAUCUACAUCGUGUGGAAGAAACCCGAAGUCAGAUCACUAACAAGCUUCAUGUUCGUCAACAUGGCCAUCGCCGAUUUGCUGGUAACGUUGAUUGUGAUGCCCUGGUCGAUUUCCAUGAUAUAUACCGACGGAUUGUGGAUGAUCCCGGGAGUAUUUGGAAAAGUCAUGUGCAAAGGUGUUGUAUACACUGCCUAUGUCACUAUAACAGCAUCUGUCCUCUGCCUGACAUUCAUGGCGAUCGACAGGUACUAUGCCAUCGUUCAUCCCCUCCGCCGCCAUCUUUGGUUUCGAAAGCCUAAACUAACCGUUCCAUUUAUUUGGAUCGGGUCACUGGUCUCCAUGUCUAUUUUCCCUGUUGUUCAAAACGUGGAGGAUCACAAUGAUUCUUCCUAUUGCAUGCUAUCUGUUUACAACUUGGGUGAUUCAGAUAGGGCUCUUCGAGGAAUAUACCUCCUCCUCUUCGUCAUCAAUUAUCUCAUCCCCUUGGGCGUUAUUUCUUUCCUGUAUACCAUUACUGCAUGGAAUUUAUGGUUUCAUGUUGCACCUGGAGUGAAAUAUUUGAGAGGAAACCAAGCGCAACGCGAAACCUCCAAGAGAAGAGUGGUUCGGAUGCUCAUUAUUGUUACCUGUGCCUUUGCCCUUUGUUGGCUCCCACCACAAGUGGUCCACAUAAUGGAAGUCAUUCACGCAUCAACGUUUGAGCUACAGCCGAUUGUCAACUUUGUGUGUUUCUGGUUUGGACAUGCCAACAGUGCCGUUAACCCAUGGCUGUACAUUUUUCUGAGCACGAAGAUAAAUAUGGCAUUUACUAGGAUCGUCAGUAGAAAAAGCAGCCAGUUGCCUUCAAGUCCCACCAUCCAAACAUUAGAUGCCGUCCUACCACCUGAAUAUGAAGCAAUCCAGAAAGAAUCAAGAAUAUGAUCUCUAUUAAAACAUGAAACUUUUAUUACCAAUUUGGUAACUGUAGGAUAGAAACUUGCUUAAAACGGAUUUGUGUAUUACUAAUUAGAUAAUUUGACACAAACACUUAUAAACGGUUUUUCAGUGCGUAAGAAACAAGGAUUCUACUUAAAAAGGUAAAUAUUGUUAGGAGGAGGGCAUUGGGGCUUAUUAACUGCUCUCUCGAGGACUUCGAGCGUGGUCUCUGUGGACUCAGCAGCUGGUAAUGGAGCUUAGUUAAAUUAAGGAAAUUCGCACGGAAGCCCUCGAUAUGUUGCAAUUUUGCAAGCGCAAAGAGCUAUAGCCCUGGAAAGUUUCAUCGAAAAUCCCUAAUCUAACAUUUCCAUUUGAAAACUAAGACCUGAAACUUUGGAGAUUCUACUGGAAUGUAGAAUCAAUUAGUUACGUGUGGCCUGUAAAUUGGUCACCAACUUCGAGGUGGCGUUGAUAAAGAAACUCUUGCAAUGUUCCGUGCUUAGCCGUACCCUACGUGUAGCCG